AUGCCGAGGAUUGACUACGAACCGAAGCUUGAUUUUAAAGAUGUUCUUUUACGACCGAAACGCUCGACUCUUCGAUCACGUCAAGACGUCGAUCUUGUCAGAGAGUUUGAGUUCCGGAACUCAAAGAAAAAGUUUACCGGAGUUCCAAUUGUUGCUUCAAAUAUGGACACAGUGGGCACUUUUGCAAUGGCCGACGAGUUGGCUAAGUAUAAAAUGUUCACGACGAUUCACAAGCACUAUACGCUCGAGGAAUGGAUUGAGAAAGGGAAAAGUGCUGAUGAUGAUUUCUUUGCGCAUACUGCCGUCUCGUCUGGGAUUAGUGCUGCUGACUUCGACAAGUUGAAAGCCGUUUGCGAAGCGAUCCCUAGACUUGAGUACAUUUGCAUUGAUGUGGCCAACGGUUACUCGGAAUCAUUUGUGGAGUUUAUUCGAAAAGUACGAGAGGAAUUUCCAAAGCAUACGAUCAUUGCUGGUAAUGUGGUGACUGGGGAAAUGGUUGAAGAGUUGAUCUUGAGUGGAGCUGAUAUUGUAAAGGUUGGAAUUGGCCCAGGCUCAGUGUGUACAACGAGAAAGAAAGCCGGUGUCGGUUAUCCCCAAUUGUCGGCUGUUUUGGAGUGCGCUGAUGCGGCUCAUGGUCUUAAUGGACAUGUGAUGAGCGAUGGAGGGUGUACGAAUCCCGGUGAUGUGGCAAAAGCUGUUGGAGCUGGUGCUGAUUUUGUAAUGAUUGGUGGUCUCUUUGCUGGACACGAUCAAAGUGGAGGGGAUUUGAUUGAAAGUAAUGGAAGAAAGUUCAAACUUUUUUAUGGAAUGUCUUCGGAUACAGCUAUGAAAAAAUAUCAUGGAGCGGUUGCUGAUUAUCGAGCAAGUGAAGGGAAAACGAUUACAAUUCCAUAUAGAGGUGAUGUUAAAGAGACAAUUCAAGAUAUUCUCGGUGGUUUGAGAGGUGAUGUCAACGAGACAGUUCAAGAUAUUCUUGGUGGUUUGAGGUCGGCUUGUACCUACACAGGAGCUCGUCAUCUUAAGGAGCUCUCAAAACGUGCGACUUUCAUUCGGGUCACUCAACAAACCAAUGACAUGUACAGUCAUCUCGAAUUGCCCAACAAUCCACAA